GGGAAGCGGGGCUUUGCUUGCAGCGCCGGGGCUGGAGCUCGCCGAGUGCUUCUUGGAGGAAACACUGCAGCCUUCUGGACUGCGUCUGCUUCUCCAGGGAGAGGCCGGCUGGGUAGUUCCACCCACCGGCUGCGAAGGAGGGGGUUUGAAUGAAAGACAAGACGAGCCCCGAGCGCCGUGCCACUCCGUAAGGGAGGCACCAGCAACUGGGCUGUUGCGAGCCAAACCCUUUUUUUAUUUUUAUUUUUUUAAUUUUGUUUUAUUUUUAAUUAUUUUUUAAUUGGGGGGGGGGGGAGGAGGGGGCGGCGGCGGAGGGCGAGGAAUUCCGUGCGAAGAGAGCGCGCGCGCGAGAGAAAGCCGAGCCGCAGAGAUCUGGAGUUUCCCGGUCUGCCCGAUUUCUCCAACAAGACUUCCACCCCACCCCCAACAGCCCCCCCCCCCCUUGACAGACAUUGGCAGUUGACAUUACUAAACCGGGGUGGGGGGCAACGCUGGGGAGAAGAGCAAAACAAUAGUCCCCCCUCCUCCUGCUCCUCUAUUUUGAUUUUUUUUCUUGCAUUUGCUUGCUUGGAUCUGCUGCGUGCAUUCCCCCCACCCACCCCCCUUUCUGGCUUUCUUUUGGGGGGCGCAGCGAGCGGUGCGGAAGGCAAGGAAGUCUGGAGCCGAGCGAAGCUUCCUCGGUCCUGUCAGGAACAGUGGCUUGAGAGGAGAGAAAGGCCUGGGGCAAGUACAGCCCUGCCACCGAGUUCCCUGCAUCGGAGACCAGAUUCCAGCUACAUGGGCAAACGCCUGGAACAGCAACCAAUGUACCCUCAGUACACUUAUUACUACCCUCAUUAUCUGCAAACCAAGCAUUCCUAUGCACCAGCUCCCCACCCCAUGGCUCCUCCCAGCCCCAGCACGAACAGUAGCAACAACAACAGCAACAGCAGCAGCGGGGAACAGUUGAGUAAAACCAACUUGUACAUCCGAGGCCUUCCACCAGGCACCACUGACCAAGACCUUAUCAAGCUGUGCCAGCCGUAUGGAAAAAUUGUAUCUACAAAAGCAAUCCUAGACAAAAACACAAAUCAGUGCAAAGGUUACGGUUUUGUAGAUUUUGACAGCCCAGCAGCAGCACAGAAAGCAGUAGCAUCUCUUAAAGCAAAUGGAGUUCAAGCCCAGAUGGCAAAGCAACAAGAGCAAGACCCCACAAAUCUUUACAUCUCAAAUUUACCCAUUUCCAUGGAUGAGCAGGAACUGGAGAAUAUGCUGAAACCCUUUGGACAUGUCAUUUCCACCAGGAUAUUGAGAGAUGCAAAUGGCGUCAGUAGAGGAGUCGGCUUUGCCAGGAUGGAAUCUACUGAAAAAUGUGAAGUGGUUAUACAGCAUUUUAAUGGAAAGUACCUGAAAACACCCCCUGGUGUGCCGGCCCCAACGGAGCCUUUGCUGUGCAAAUUUGCUGAUGGAGGGCAGAAGAAACGGCAAAAUCAAAGCAAGUACACACAGAAUGGGAGGCCGUGGCCGAGAGAAGGAGAGGCUGGCAUGGCCUUGACGUAUGAUCCCACAGCUGCAAUACAGAAUGGAUUUUAUUCCUCACCGUACAGUAUUGCAACAAACCGCAUGAUCCCACAGACAUCUAUCACGCCAUUCAUUGCUGCUUCCCCUGUCUCCACAUAUCAGGUUCAGAGUACUUCAUGGAUGCCUCAUCCGUCAUAUGUUAUGCAACCAACAGGUGCUGUGUUAACGCCAACAAUGGAUCACACGAUGUCCAUGCAGCCAGCAAGUAUGAUGGGCCCCUUGACACAACAGAUGAAUCAUCUUUCCUUGGGCACAACAGGAACGUAUAUGACGGCUGCUGCACCUAUGCAAGGGACCUACAUUCCCCAAUACACUCCUGUGCCUCCAACAGCUGUCCCUCUUGAAGGUGUUGUUGCCGAUACCUCUCCACAGACAGUAGCACCUUCAUCACAGGAAGCCAGUGGUCAACAGCAACAAAUGGCGGUGGAAACAUCCAGUGAACACGCAUCUGCAUAUUCCUAUCAACAGUCAAAGUAAGCUGAUGAUGUUCAUUGACCUGUAGAACAGACAAUAAACAGGACUGAAGUAUGUCGGUCUGAAAAGUUUGCCUUGAAUGGAGAAACUUCACUGAACAAGAAGUUGGCUUCCAGUUUGCACAGGCAUCAAUAGAAUUUUUUUUCAUUUUCUACCUUACCCGACAACAACAAAAAAACUAAAGUGUUUCUAUGUGCUGUGCAAAUUGUUCAGUCAUGUAGUCUGAUAGUUUUAUUUUUGCUAUUUUUUUAUUAAAGAAAAAAAACCCAUGGCCAAACACUGGGUUUGAUAUUUCAUCUGGAUGAACAUUUGAAAUUCAGAAUUUACUUGGAAGUGUAGAUAGAUUUUUUUUUCUCGAAACAACAACAGAGAAGCCGACAAUGUCAAGAGGGAGCAAGCUGAAACGAAAAUUAAUGGUCUUCCUCAAGAAAUCAGCUACUCUUCCCCCUCCCCCUGUUGAAAUCCAAUGUGUCUUUUAUUUUUGGAAGUUUUUUUUUUAAAAAAGAAAAGUUUAGGUAAGGUUUAUCUUGAAUCUUAAUUGCCUUAAUUUUAAGGACGUCAAAAGCUCUUGAGGCAAAGCUGUCAACGUCUUGGUAGAAGAAAGGAGAAUGAAUUUAAGCGCACGCCGGGGUCAACUGGUGCCGAGAUUUCAUAGACUGGAUUUUUAGGGUGAACAAAAUAUAUAUAUAAAAACUGUACCAUUUAGCAGAAAACAGUUGUUUUUCUUCUUUUGAAGAAAACACUGUUGAAAAAAGAACUGUGGCAACUUCAAGAAUCAAAUAAAAUGCUGAGACUUUUAUGAACUUUCUUAAGUGUUGACAGAGAAGAGUCUAGAAGGCUAAAGUGUUUUUCAAUAAAGUUAUUGAACUGAGAUGGGGGAAUCAGCUUGCAUUUCCAAGAAUGCAGGUAUUUUUCCUUGCAGGAUGGAGGUUUUUUUGUUUUUAAUUUACAAAGCGUGAUCGCCGGCAAAAGCAUUAGUGCUUUUUAUCUGCAGUCUUUUUUAUGAGCUUUAAAAAGUUUUUAGUCUGCUUUGCUUGUCACAUUGCAAACACCUAGCUUAAGAGCAUUGGGGGGGGGUGAAAUGUGCGUAGAUAGGAGCUUAUGGUCAAAAAAGUGCAAAAAAAAGCAAUAGCUAGAAGAAAUUGUUGACAAUUUCUGUAGUCUUUCCUAGUUGUGAUCAAAUGCAGCCAAUGGAUGGCCUAUUUUAUACCAAAGAUGAAAUGACAACCUACCACAGUCCAGAAGAUAGAGGUUUUUUUCUUAUUUCUUUCCUUUUUUUAAAAAAAGAAAUCUUUAUUUGACCUACAUGGCCGGACCAGUUCUUAACUUUGUGUUUGUUUAAACUAUCUUCCACUGGUAUUUUACAUCCUACAUACUUAGGCUUCUAAUGGACAGGUCUGAGUAGUUGGUACUUAGCAGCACUUAGCAGGAUUUCACAGCAUAAGAAAGGACUGAGUUGCUGAUGUUUCUACAGGUGUGUUUUAACUUUGCUGAGCUUUUCUGCUAUAUUGUCUGGUUCCUUUGGUACUAAAACUGCAGUUUUCCUCCUUCAUUGCAUCCCAUGGGUUUCAUUUCCUCCAUUCUCCCUCUGUCAUCUUUCAGCCAUCUUCCUUUUGCAUUUUGGCAGUGCAUUUAAGUCACUUAGAAGAUGCCAUUGAAGGCAGUGAGACGAUCAGUGUUUCAUUUAGCUCUCCCGUGCAAGAAGAAAGUUAAAAGAAAAAAUUGCUCACGUAAAUUCUCUCAUGCAAGCAUGAAGUUAACAGUCACUUUAUACUAACUGGCUUUCUGUUGUCUUAAUUUGUUUGCUGACAAUCACUAAUUAGUUUGAUUAGGCAAAAGACAAUAGCAAGUAAAUUGAAUUGAUUUAAACCUAUUUUUAAAAGAAAAAAAGAAGAAUAUAUGGAAUCUAUAUAUGAAUGAUCUAAAAAAGUAAUCUUUUCCCAAAAGGGUGGGGUAUCAUUCAGAGACAAUUUGGGGGGAAUGGCUAACAGUGGGAAAGGCCCAUCAAAAUUUUGCCAGCCCCCCACAUAAUUUUGUGAAAAAAAUAUGCAUAACCAUCAGUCCCCACCUUCCUUCCCCGCCACUGAUUCUCCCUAGUUUACAAGGGGUACAAUCCUUUAGGAAUCUGUUGUGUGCAAUCAGUAUAUAAAUGGGGCUGGGUGGGUGGGCUGAACAUGAACAUGUCAGGAGCUUGUCCAGAUCCUUUUUCUGUCUUCCCACCCCCAACCAGAACAUCUAUUGAUGAAUAAGUAUCUAUGGCAGGCAGAAAAAUCUAGCAAAGGAAGCACUUAAAGAAAACACAUAAACCAAAUGAUGAAAAUAGUUGUCCUUUGGGAGAAAAGAGACAAGUUUCACCACAACUACUGUGGUGUAUUCAGAACAGGGUAACCCUAUUGAGAAAAAAAACUGGAGCAAACAGAUAUAUAAUAUUAAGGAUAUAAUCCACUGAGCAUGACUUCCAUACAAGCUC